UUGUCUUGUCCCCUGCUGAAAUUAAUUUAUGAUUUUAAAGUCUUUUUUUUCUAUUAUUACUCAAACUUUUUUCAGGUAUUCGUCUUGGACUUUACAAACAAAACAUUAUGUGGCUUUCUGGACCUCAAAUUGAUGAUUUAAAAGAUUCUGAAUUGGAGCAACUUAUUCAAAGUGUUACAAUAUUUUAUAAAGCUUCUCCUAGACAUAAAUUACGAAUUGUUAAAGCACUUCAAAAUAUUGGAGAAGUUGUGGCAAUGAUUGGUGAUGGAGUAAAUGAUGCUGUUGCUUGUAAAAAAUCUGAUAUUGGAGGUUUUUAA